AUGGUCCAGCCGGAGACAACUCAGAUUGACUACAAUCAUCCUCCUUAUCUUCAUCCUUCCGACACUCCGGGAACAAUACUCGUUUCUCAUCAGCUGACUGGUGUGGAAAACUAUAAUCUGUGGAGCAGAUCUAUGCGUAUUGCUCUACUUACCAAGAACAAGAUUGGGUUCGUGGAUGGGACUUGUUCUCGUGAAGGUCUUUCUCUAGAUCUUUUGGCACAGUGGGAGCAUUGCAAUGCGAUUGUGCUUUCAUGGAUCUUGAAUACGGUUAGUCAAGAACUUUCUGCGGGAAUAGUUUUUUCUUCGAAUGCAUUACGUGUUUGGGAAGAUCUUAAAGAACGCUUUGACAAGAUUGAUGGAGCACGUGUUUAUUUUCUGCAUCGAGAAAUUGUCUCUCAUUCUCAAGGUACGUCCUCCAUUUCGGUGUAUUAUACACGCUUACGGUUGCUAUGGGAUGAAUAUGAUGCCAUUGCCCCUUUCGCUAUGUGUAACUGUGAAGUUUCUCGGCAGAAUACGGAACAUGUUAACCAACAACUACUCUUUCAUUUUCUCAUGGGAUUGAAUGAUUCCUACUCCAUCGUACGCAGUCAAAUAUUGCUGCUAAAACCUUUACCUUUUGUAAAUCAAGCAUACUCCAUGCUGAUUCAAGAGGAAGGUCAGCGUCAAAAUGCAGGAAGACUAGCCAGUGUUUUAGAACCUACUGUGUUCUAUUCUAGAGAAUCAGUACCCUCUUUGACUGAAGAUUCUGUUUCUGCUAAGGUUCCUACUUUUACACAUGAACAAUAUCAACAAAUCCUUGAGUUGUUAGGGAAAGAUCCGCUUGUGCAAGCUGCAACACAUAUGGCAGGUACUCGUUCUGUUCCCUCGCAUCACGACUGGAUUCUAGAUACUGGUGCCACGAAUCACAUGACUUUUGAUAUUGAGAAGCUGAGUUCUCAUGUUGCUUGCGACUCCUCUUCUUUUGUUCAGCUGCCAAAUGGUAAAACCACCCAUAUAGCCCAAAAAGGAACCUAUGCCUUUUCUCCUAAUCACAUAUUAACCAAUGAACUUUGCAGUGGAGAGAUGAAGGGGAUUGGUAGAUCUUAUGAUGGUCUUUACAUUUUCAAGUCAUCAUUCAAUCCAUCGGUUGGUCAGUCUGUUUCCUGUAAAAAUUCUUGUCUGUCUUCCACUUUGUUAAAAUCAGAUAAUGGUGUUCUAUGGCAUGCACGACUUGGCCAUACCUCUUUGAGUACCUUGAAUAAAAUGUCUCAAUUACAUAGCAGUUUGUCUAAUAUUGAUCAUGUUAAGAGUUGUGGUGUUUGUCUACUUGCUAAACAAAACCGUUUACCAUUUCCUAUGAGUGAUUCUCGUGAGUCAUCUGCAUUCUCUCUUAUUCAUAUUGAUCUCUGGGGAGCGUAUCGUGUCUCAAAGCAUAGUGAACAUAGAUACUUUUUAACUGUUGUUGAUGACCAUACGCGUAUGACGUGGGCAUUUCUACUUAGACUCAAAAGUGAUGCAUUUAUCACCCUUAAACAAUUUUUUGCCUAUGUUGGCAAUCAUUUUUCUGCUAAAAUCAAAACAGUGAGAAGUGAUAAUGGUUGGGAAUUCUUUAGCACUGAAGUUGAACCUAAAACCUACCAUGAGGCAGCCUGUGAUGAACGUUGGGUAGAAGCUAUGCAACAUGAAAUUCAUGCUCUAAAGACAAAUGUUGAAAGGUUCAAAGCCCGAUUAGUUGCUAAGGGUUAUAGACAAUGUGAAGGUAUUGACUUCCAUGAUACUUUUUCACCUGCGGCAAAACAAGUUACUGUUCGUACUAUCAUUGCCAUGGCUGCUAUGUUCGGUGGGAGCUCUAUCAAAUGGAUGUUUUCAAUGCCUUCCUACAAGGGGAUCUUCAUGAAGAAGUCUACAUGA